AUGACGCCCCCGAGAGACAGCCUCAGCCUCUGCCUCUGCACGCCUGCUCUUGCCCUGAGGGCCGCUGUGUUCACGCUGCCAUGGCUGCUCCAUUUAUUUGCCGCCGACGCCCUACUGUCUGCCCUCCUGCCUGUGUCCGCCGUCUUCCCCAAUCUGGCAUACAACUUGUCCUCUCGCAUAGCAGAAUCAGUAUGGCGUGGCAUCCAACUAAUCUUCACUCGCAUCAAUGGCGCCAACAUCGUCGUGUCCCGCGAGGCUGACCGACUGCCACGGGGAGAGAGUGCCAUCGUGCUCUCCAACCACGUGGAUUGGACCGACUUCUAUCUCAUCCAACACCUUGCUAUCCAGUGUGGCAUGCUUGGCAGGUGCCGCUAUUUUGCGAAACGCCAGCUGAAAUGGGUUCCCUUCUUGGGCUGGGGCCUCUGGGCCAUGGGGAUGCCCUUGGUGAGUAGGAAAUGGAUGACCGAUCGCAAGGAGAUGGAUCGCGUUUUCUACCACAUCACGAGACAACAAUGGCCAGUGUGGCUCAUAUCCUUUAGCGAGGCCACGAGAUACAGUGCCUCUAAGAGGAAAGCCGCUGAAGACUGGUGCUUAAACAACAACAAGGCCUUGGGUGCCCAUCUGUUGUACCCACGAACAAAAGGCUUCGUAGCCACCGUGCAAAAGCUAAGGAAAACGCCGCACGUGAAAGCGGUUUACGACUUCACGAUUGCAUAUGCCCAGGACGACAAGCUAUUUCAAGUCCCGCCAAGCUUCUGGCAAUCAUUGUCAUGGCCAAACUUGGCUCAAAAGUGGCGCCUCUUCGUCCAUGUCGACCGUCAUGAGUUGGAGCAGCUUCCGCUCGAUGAUGAGGCUCUUGCGACCUGGUUAGAGGCUCGUUGGGUCGAAAAAGGUGAACGACUGGAGAGACUACGCCAACUUUUAUUGGAGCAUCGAGGCUGGGAUCGGGAUUCGGGCGCUGUCGAUAAAAGUAUUUAG